CAGGUCGCGAACAGACGGAGCAAGACGAGGCGAGGCGUGCGCGUGCGCGGGCGCGGACGCGAUCUCUCGCAGGUAGUUUAAAAAUGGCGGCCGACAGGUAGACGUUUUACCGCGGCUUGCACGCGCUGGCAAGCACGAGGAACGCGAGCGAGUUCUCGCCGCCGUGAGGGUGGCCGCGUACCGUAAUCCCGUGAGACACGCGCGCGCGUCAGACCGACACACGUCGCACGCGAUCAUGCCGUGUUGUCGUCCUUCCUAAUGGACAGGCGCGGAAAGCGCCAAGUGAAUGAGUCGCCGCCGACGUGCUCGCGCGUCCGAGAGUCCUCGUGCGAGCCCGUGUCCUCGUCCUCGCCUGCGUACGCGUCGCCGUCACUCGUUACAUUCCGCUUUCGCACGAUCGCGAGCGUGGAGAGAAAAGGGGGAGAAGGAAAGCGGACCACCGCCGCCGCCGCUGUCGCCGCAUGUCUAGCCGCGCGCUCGUAUACGUAAAUAUACUUGCAAAAAUUACAAGCACUUAACAAUGGAACACUCGGAGUUAGUGGCGGAAAUGGUACACGUCGAAAGGCUGACGACGCAAGAGCGGCUGCAUUUAGCGCGUCACCGUAGACUUCAACAAUUAAAAGUAUGGAGGCAACGUGAAAAGGAGUGGUUGCGGCACCAGACCAGGCAUACGAGUAAUAAACGUCACAUAUACUUUAGUGAUAGUGUCAUGUUAUUGGAAGCAGCUGCGAGAAACGAUAUUGACGAAGUAAGACGGCUCUUGAAGAAAGGUGUAAAUCCGGACUCGACGAACGAAGACGGCUUAACAGCGUUGCACCAGUGUUGCAUAGAUGACAACGAAGAGAUGAUGAAGUUACUCAUUGAAUUUGGUGCUAAUGUGAAUGCGGAGGACAGUGAGAAGUGGACGCCGUUACAUGCCGCUGCUACGUGCGGUCACUUACACUUAGUUAAAUAUCUUAUCGCCAGGGGUGCGAAUUUAUUGGCCGUUAACGCUGACGGCAAUAUGCCGUAUGACAUUUGCGAAGAUGAAAAAACGCUCGAUUGCAUUGAAGGGGAAAUGGCGAGGCGAGGAGUCACUCAAGAAUUAAUAGAUGAAACAAGAGCGUCGACCGAGGUUCAAAUGUUGCGGGAUUUACAAAAGAUUGCCUCCUUGGGGGGAGAUCUUGAAUACAAGGACCAUCAAGGUGCCACGCCUCUUCACAUUGCAUCAGCAAAUGGCUAUCUGAGAGUCGUGGAAUUUCUUCUCGACCAACAUGUAUCAACGGAUGUGGAAGAUAAUGACAAGUGGCAGCCGGUUCACGCAGCUGCAUGUUGGGGACACCUGGAAGUACUCGAAUUACUGGUACAAAAUGGAGCUGACCUAAAUGCGAAGAAUAAGCACGACGAGACUCCUGCAGACAUAUGCGAAGACCCGGAAAUCAGGGAGAGGAUAGUGGAACUGAAAACGGAACAAGAGAGCAAACGACUUCGUGAAGCACAAGGACGACGAGUACGCAGGUCACAAAGCAUAAAUACGCGAACACAAAGCGUACGUCGGACAUCCAUUCGGGACAAGGUUCUCACCACGAAGAAAGAUGCUCAAGAAGAAGCUCGGUUAAGGUUACAAGCGCAACAGACGUACGUCAGUGCUACCAAGCCUAGUAUACCGCCAUUGGAGAAUAGCACGCAAGAAGUAGGGGACCACGAGACUGAUUCUAGCGCACUGACACCAGCGGUGCGAAAAGGCCCCGAAGGAAAAGACAACGAGUCUUUCCUUCACGAAGAUGUUGAUAAAGAUUCAGCAGUGACAGGGCCUGAUUCAGCUACAGUCGGCGGCCAGCAGCCGGCGCCGAUUUACGCGACCGAUACCGGUGAUAACAACGGCAAGAUCAACAUUCACGUGUCCGUUGUUUUCGUCAAAUCCUUGUCAGAUCUGAAGAAGCAGCGGGCGCAGAAUCGGCACAUAUCUGGCGGCUCCCUAGACGCGAACGGGAAUGGUAUACCGAUGCCGGUCUCGUCCAUCUCCAAUUCCGACCUCAGCAACGAUGACUUUCAACGUUUCACCGGGAACACUAGCGAAAUCGUGGGCGAUAAUCACUCGGAGAAGAGCUGCUGUACCGUCAUGUAAUAUAUCAGCUUUCACGAUGACGACGACGACGACGCCGGCAGCAACAGCAACAAUGUCGUAUCUGCCCCCCCUUCCCGUCGUUGACAAUUAUGCGGAAGCUUUGCGGAUAAGCGAGUGUGUUCCUGCGAUUAGAUUUCGGUAUUUCCCGAAGAAAUUUCCAAUGCGCUCGUGUUCUUCAAUUUCACGCAAUUUCGCGAAUCGACUCCAAGGGGCGCGCGCGAUCUUUCCUUCUACGUUGCGUUACCUUGGCGAUAUAUGUACAUUACAAAUGAUAUCCGCGGCGGCGCGUAUCGACGAGCUACUCUCGCGGAGUAGGAAGAAGGAGAAUCAGCUUUAAAAUCAAAACAGCUAUCGUUUUGAUAUCGCGAUAUAAUAUCGAACGGCACGUACUUAAAAUCGCAACGAGAAGUCCGCGUCGCGCUUGUCACGCGCUUAUGCGACCGCGGCGCUCGGAUAAGUUUGAAUUUUACCGUUCCAAUCGUUGAGAACACCUUAGGUAACGUUACAACGUGAACUUAGAACGUGUACUUACAUUUGCAGAGAUAUAUUUGCAUUGUCGAAUUAUUUACAAAUUUCCCAGCGCCUAAAAAUUAAGUAUUGUAAAGAGUUUUACUUUAUUUAUUGUUAUAUAAAAGAAAUGUAUAGAGACUACAUUCUAAUUACUAAGGAAUGUGUAUUGCAUUUUCGUAGGUACUACGUAGAUUCGGAUUUUAUAGUACGUAUCACCGCAAAAAAAAAGAGCAAGUAUAAGACUUAUCGAACAUCUUCCAAUGUUUUUUAUGAGACUCUAGCCGUAAGGAUUAAGUAAAAACUGUUUUUUAUAUCGAUUUAAAGAUUAUUUGUAAAUUUUGAUAUGUAGUAUUUAUCUAUAUUAUGACUAUUCUAGACGCAACACUGAAUUCCUUGUUCUGCGAGCCACACACGAUAUACAUCACUGAUUUACAAUUUCGCACCUGUGUUGUAUACGCCUACGACGAUGCGAGGCGUUUAAUUUUAAUUCAAUCUCGCGUAUCAGACGUUUGAGAGAAAUGCAUACGUAUAAUAUAUAUACAUAUAUACAUAUGUAAGCUUUACGCGGAGUAAAGCUUGCAUAUUCCCGCGCGACCAUCGAACAAUCAAAAGUGGAAUAUACCGGUAAUAAGCAUUCUCUCGUAUUACGCGUAUGCGUGUGCAGAGAAAUGUGUGUAAAGUAACAAUAUCUCUGUAUCCUGCCGAACACUCCUGCAUACGUUUCGCACACUUCGCAUCGAUCAGUCAGUCAGUCGGUCGUCUGAAUUUAUUAAACGCGCGAGAGAAGCGAGCUUUCUCAGCGGGAAUGCAUAGUACAAACGAACGCACGUACAUCUUUUUCCAUGGCGCAUGAAAACUCGUUGCCAAAAAGUCGUGCGCAACUUCCGAUCUUACGAGCGCGUUCGCGUGAUUCCAGAUCUUCGCAAAUUAUUCCAGAUCUUCCAAUCGCGUUAAUUGCACAUCUUCGAUACAAUGCCAUACCGCAACAUUACCGAUAUUCCGAUUGAACGUGAUGUAACGUGAUUGCACAUAGCGUGAUUGUCUAUACUUGAUUCUGAUAUGAAUGUUACAGCGAAAGUUGAUUUGUUUUAAAUGGCUGUAUUGAAAAUGAAUUUAUGUGACGUCCACCACAUGUUUCUUGCAUUGUAAUAUAAUAACGUUAUAUAAAAUAAAGUCACUCUCUGUAUAUGUUAA